GUAAACGGUAAACCCCAUUCAUUCAUAUACAAACUCUACUUCAUUUUUUUCGGUUUUCAAUCUCCGCCUUCCCAUUUUCGCUCCAGAUCUCUCCUUCGCGGUGAGUCCAGUUUUAAUCUUCUCGAUUCAUUCACAGAUAUUUGAUUAUUUCCUGUUUCAGAUGAUUUCAUCUGUGUGCUUUGAGUAAUCUCCGCAUCCAAAUGGCAUGUGAGGGAGUUCAAACUGAGAAUAAUCGAAUCGAGGAGACGAGUGAGAAGAGGAGAUGGCGAGUAGAGUGGAUCAUGAGUAUGAUUAUUUGUUCAAGAUCGUGUUGAUCGGCGACUCAGGAGUGGGGAAAUCCAACAUUCUGUCGCGUUUCACCAGAAAUGAGUUCUGUUUGGAGUCGAAAUCGACCAUCGGAGUUGAAUUUGCCACCAGAACUCUUCAGAUAGAAGGAAAGACGGUGAAGGCCCAAAUAUGGGACACCGCAGGUCAGGAAAGGUAUCGGGCGAUUACAAGUGCUUACUACAGAGGAGCUGUUGGCGCGUUCCUCGUCUACGACAUAACCAAGAAGCAAACCUUUGACAACGUCCAAAGAUGGCUUCGUGAGUUGAGAGAUCAUGCAGAUUCUAAUAUUGUCAUCAUGAUGACAGGGAACAAAUCUGAUCUCAACCAUCUCAGAGUUGUUGCAGAGGACGAUGGCCAAACUUUGGCCGAGAAGGAAGGGCUCUCGUUCCUCGAGACAUCAGCGCUGGAGGCACUUAACAUCGAGAAGGCAUUCCAGACUAUUUUGACAGAAAUACAUCAGAUUAUUAGCAAGAAGGCAUUGGCAGCACAGGAAGCUGCUGCUUCAACAGCAGUUCCCGGUCAGGGCACAACCAUCAAUGUCAGUGAUUUGUCGGGGAACGCAAAGAGAGGAGGCUGCUGUUCUUCUUGAAACUUUCAGAGAUGAUGUCGAUAUAAAACUUUUGCUCUGUUUACUUUUUAAAAAAUGUUUCUUUUUCCAGAAGUCUUGUAGAAUAUACUGAAAUGUGGCAGUGAAAAGAUGAAUUCGAGACUGAAAAUGCCUUAGUUUUGGGGGUAAAUUUGUUGUGUUGGAAUGAUGAGCUACUACUGAUUUUUGUUGCCUUUGAAAUGACUUUAUAAUACCUCUACAUUUCUACACUUGA